ACUAAUUACGAACACACACACACACAAAAAAGGAAAACCAGGCUAUUACAAGGUGCGACGAAGUUUGAUCAAAAUCCAGACUGCUGAACCCUGGGCUAGUGGUACGUUUGCUCUACAACUAUUUAACUCUUUGUGAACGAAGCAUGUAUGCAUGAAAGCUUUCAGCCGUCGAUAUUUCGCACGCGCACGCGAGAUUCACCUGAGCCAUUCGAAAGGCCGACGAAGUUCGUACUAAAUCGCAGCUUAAAACUGAGCUUAUUGGAAUUUCGACGAAAAAAGAGCAUUCUUGGUUUCUGGCUGAAAAAACAGUUUCGAAAAAGAUUUGGUCGGAUUGGCAGCUACUGARCUGUAAGCCAUUGUUACUUACAUGCAUACCUAACCACUGCAAAAACGUUGUCCUAAAAAAACAAUUAAACUUUUGUACUUUUGUAAAGGGAAUACACAACGUAAAAUGCGAAAGAAAGAGUUAUGCCUGAUUUAUAUUCGUUUAUCUUUUUUUUUACAAAUUCCUUUUUACGAAAGUCCAGUUUUUGAAUACUAAAUGUUUUUUUGCAGUCAACUGUUUGAUUUCAAUUGUUUCAAGUGGAAUCCUUUCAGUUUUAAAGAUUUGAUCUUAAUAUGAACUAUUUAUAGAUUUAUUUAUAAAAAUAGCGCAAUUCUACUGKAAAUGUAUUCGAGGUGGGAGUUUCAAGAAAGCGGGAAGCAAGCGUUGCGCUAUUUUGAAAUAUUAAACAUUAACUGUUAAAACAGUUAUUCCGAAAUGAACAAAAURUGAUGGGAAGCAAUAUAAAUGGUCAUUAUUAUUAAGCUGGAUUCUGUAUUUUUCAUUACCAAAACAAAUGCAUGAAAGGGAAUUGGGAUUAUAGGCAGAGUCUAGUCGUUUCCCAUGUUUACCUUAUAGUGUUAGGUUUUUGUUUAGUUUUCGCAUUUCAUUUUAGCUUAGUUUACCCUUCUCUGAUAAUUACAUAGUAUGCGGUUGUGUAAACGGCUUCUAAAUUUUCAUUUAUUUUAACCUAAAGCUGUUAGUGUAUUUAAUUUUUGGCAAAGUAAUUUCAUUUCCUUGCUUAUAUAUUUGAAAAUUAAUAGUUUGCUCUCAAAACGUUGUYAUGGCGAUUGAUUGAAUGAUAUAUAGAGUGAACAUGUUCAUUCGACAGUGAAAUCGAACAAAAUUAAAAUUAGUAUAAAUUUGCACUAAAUUUGCUAUUGAAGCGGUACAUCCUUUGAAUCACCAUUGUUUUUCCUGAACACCAUUUCCUAAAUUGCGCAAAACAGUACAAAGAGGUCCUUUCAAUUUCACACCUAUGGGCGUUGCAGUUGGCUGAUUUCCUCCAGAAAGAUCCGUAUUAUAUUAAGCUUGUAAACAGUAUAAAACCAGCGUCUGAAACUUUUCAAAGAGUGCUUUUCAUUAACCCUGAAACAGAGUGUAAUAAAAUAAGAAACGUGCAAAAUAAAGAGUAAUGAGUUGGAGCCGUACGGCCAAAGUAUAUCUUACAGGUUAAUGAAACUCACUCUAACAUGCAGCUAUAGCGAAUAGACAUUAAUCAAAGAACUAUGAUUGUUAUUUUCUUUGGUUAUGUGACUGUUUACCAAAUUUGUGUUAAAUGUUUAAUUACUUUGAUCGACUACUAACUGUAGAAUGUUAAAACAACCUAUAAAAAUCUUAAUAUUCCUGAUCCAUUCUCGGGGAUUCAAAAGAAUCCAUUUAUUUGAAAAAAAAAAAAAAAAUCUCUAAGCAAUCUAAAAUUAGCGCGCGCAUUUCGACUUCCUCCUCUCUUAAUUGCAUUGGUGACGUCAUAGAUCGACAACGUCAGCGAUGCACAUCCGUAUUUGCUCAUUUCAUGAUCAGUUCAAUUUCAAACUCUUGAAACACAUCCCUUCUGAAUAAGUAUGGGCUUCGAGGAAUGGUUUAACGAGAGGCCAAUCUCUGCCUAGGCUGACAUGGAUGACGCCAUGGAGUUUGAGGACACUGAACUAAAGGAAGACGAACAGCAACUUUCCUGUGGAUGGAGGCGAAUCAAACCGAAGUUUCUACAAAAACUCAACACUCCAAAAUGGUUUCUUGUUUUUCUUACUAUUUAUUCAUUCAUGCAAGGCAUGACAGCCAAUGGCUUUACAGCUGCAGGCCUCACCGCUCUAGAAAAACGCUUUAAACUUAGCAGCAAACAAACAGGAAUGAUUGUUGCAGCCAAUGACGUUUCAUCAUUGUUUCUAAUCAUCUUCAUCAGCUAUUACGGGGGACAUAGCCACAAGGCACGGUGGCUUGGUUUCGGUGCUCUUGUCACAAGCUUGGGAGCCUUGCUAUUCGCCUUACCUCACGUCCUCAUAGAAAAAUACGUUCCUCUAGAGUUCGAAACCACAAGUAUAGGCGCUAAUCUAUGCUCUUUUAAAAACUCGACGUCCGUUCUCGACAAUAAAGAUUUUUGCCGUAAAGAGCUCCAUAGUUCCGACUGGAAGUACUUAUUUGUAUUUAUAGGAGCUAAGYUGCUCCUAGGGGCAGGGACUACGCCCUUAUUCACACUAGGGCCGGCGUAUAUUGAUGAGAAUGUAGAUCCUAAAUCUGCUCCUAUGUAUCUCGGUACGUGGUUUAUAGCCACUUUCUUUGGUCCCGGUAUUGGGUACGUKGCUGGUGGAUCCCUAUUGAAUAUUUGGGUUGAUUUGAUUCAGCCUCCAGGACUAGAUAUGACACCAGAAGAUCCCCGCUGGAUCGGGGCAUGGUGGCUGGGCUAUUUCUUUGGAGGUCUGCUUCUACUUCUGUCAGCUAUUGCCUUACUGGGGUACCCACGGGAAAUGCCUGGUGCAAAGGAGCUAAGGGCACGAGCUAUAAAAGAAGGUCUUCUGCCACCUCGUGAUGACAACAUUAGUGGUCGAAUGUCUGAUCUGAUUCCUGCCACCAAGGCGUUACUCACCAAUUUGACAUUUAUUGCCAAUACGUUGGCUCUCUGUGCGACGGCUUUGAUAGCGACCGGGCUGGGACCGUUCAUAUCGAAGUUUAUUCAGUCACAGUUUGGAGAAUCAUCAUCAACAGCUGGUAUUUUAACUGGUAUAAUMAUAAUCCCAGGUACUGCGGGCGGUAUCUUUCUGGGAAGUUAUUUGGUGAARCGUAUUGACCUGCGACGUUCUUGCCGCGAGGCUGCCAAGUACUGCAUUAUAUUUCAAUUCAUUGGUACGUGGGGAGUGUUGACGUUCCUUAUUCCUGGAUGCAAGACUAGUUUGAUUGCUGGAAUCAAUAAAGCAUACCCUGGAAAUUUUUCAAGCCAGAUGAACAACAUGACAUCAUGGUGYAAUAGCAGAUGCCAUUGUUCCUCGUCUACUUAUUUCCCUGUUUGUGGAGUGGAUAAGACAACGUAUUUCUCUCCGUGCUAUGCAGGAUGUCAAAAGAGAAUCGGAAUAAAGGAAUUUGACCAAUGUUUAUGUAUYGCACCAGCUUCAGACUCGUCGAAGUUUGGUUUUGCCAAGAAAGGAGUAUGUGAUAGAGACUGUAAAAACUUGAUCCCUUUUCUGUUUGGAGCUUUGGUUCUUUUAGUGGCUAACUUUAUGAACGCCACUCCUAACAAAACUGUGGUGCUCAGAUGCGUACCUGACAAUCAGCGGACCUAUGCGCUKGGACUACAGUGGCUUUUCUUGAGUAUUUUUGGGUCGGUGCCAGGCCCUGUUCUCUUUGGCACUUUUAUUGACAAGACUUGUAUUCUAUGGGAGCAAUCGUGUGGUAGAAAGGGAAGCUGUUUAGAGUACGAUAAUGAGUUGCUAAGUUUCUUACUUGUUGCUUGUGGACUCUUCUUUCAUGUUUUAUCGACGUUGUUUUACUUCAUAUCGUGGUACUUCAUUAAAAGACGAGAAGAACGUGAAGCCGCCGAAAAUUCUCAUUCACAUUCACACUCCGCCGUGGAAUUCACUUCUCCAGUCCCUGGGAUCAWUGGAGGCAGACGAGAAGAGAUCACUGUUCGUAGCCCCACGAAUCUACCAAGAACUACCGAUAACUCGCAGAAUGGAUCAGGGGGGAGCAGUGAUGUGGAAUUGAGACGAUUCGACCAAAUACGAACAGGUUUACCGUUAAUUCAACACGAAACAUCCAUCUARGCUAACUUCCAAGGAACAGUGGUAAUGAACGAACGAUUAAGGAUUGUAAGAUAGCAGAGUUGGGAGGGGACGGACGGGAUGAUUUUGUACUAAAACUGGUAAAGAAACAGGAUGWAAAAAACAAUAGUUGGUAGAAAUUUGAAGUUUUUAUAAAAUAUCCAACUAAUUUCGUGAAAUAUGUUCUUAUAAAUGAUUUGCAGCUUGUUAGCUGACGUAUUUAAAUGCAUCUGACUAUGACGUCAUAGGGUCAAUAACGCCAUUUAGUAAGUYGUUCGCACGUUAUUUGAACUGUCAUUUYGUUCAUUCAGAGUUUUUUUCGUUGCUUUGGUUUUCUGGCACCUUGACGCAUUUUUACAUUUUGUCACUUAUUAACGGACAAGACGGUUAACGUAUGAUAAACAAGACAAUGCAAGCCGAGUCUGUCCUCUGACUUAUGCAUUAACGUAAACAUAAGUAUUAACCUUUGGUAAGUACAACAACUGAACAUCUGUUUGUGUGCAUGGUUCAAACCUUCGUAACAUUUUAGCAGAAAUACAUCAAAGAAGAGAGGCUUAAACUUUAAAAGCCUUCCUAAAACCUACGUUUUUUCGUAUGUAGCGUCAUAAUACGGUAUAGAUUAACGUAAACACUUUUUUGUUCAAAAUUAUUAUUUUUCGUUAAAAAACUUUCACAAUUUUGAAUACCGUUAUAUGUACAAAGAUAUCGAAGCAUUGAUUGAUUGAAACAAUAUUAAGUUUUUUAUGUAUUUAAUAGUUAUAAUUUUUCCAACUUAAUUAUUCAUACAAAAGAUUUCGAAUAUUUAACAACUACAAAUCUCGAUUACAUGGAUCUAUAGGUGUUGAGUACUGUUAAUCGGUAAAGAUUGUAUCUUCUGAACAUGAUCGCAAAGAAACAUGGGAAAUAGUAUGAAGUGUGGAACACAACAUGGAAUGUGCAGCGACGCCAUUUUGUGCUGUAAAUCAUGAUGAUGACUCCUCSCACUUUUCGUAGGUCUUAAAAAAUCUCCCUAAAAGCUMAUUUUAUAUUUUYAAUUUUUAGAAAGGGCACAACUAUACUUUUAUUUCUGCAGAGAAAAAAGCAAAAACUAAAAACAUGAAAAAGUGCGAGGACUGAAACUCCCAUCAUGCUUUUCCUGCACAAAAUAGCUUUGCUGCACAUUGACAAUUAUUCAAACAAGAGUGAGAAAGAUAAUAUAUAUUUCAAAAGAAUAUUGAGAAAGUAGUAAAGAAAUUUAAAGUUUAUUCUAAAGUAGUUCAACUGCAAAGUGAAAAAAGUAGAUUAUGAUAUUUUGAGUUAUAAUAUCAUAUUCAUGGUAGUUCCAUAACCAAAAGUUUAAAACGGAAGUAAUUGAAAUCCAACAUUACCCAUGCAUACUUGCGACAUAAAGAACAGCUCGUUUUUACAAUGCUUUAUAAGGCGCUUGUACUAAGUAUGAAAAGUAAUUUUAAAUUGAAUCAAAUUUAAUUGGUAGAAAUAAACAUUUUSCGAUCGACYUACACAGACUYCAGUUGAGUUUAAACAAAGUGACGUCAGUCAUGUUAUCUUAGCAGUUUUUAACGAUGGCUUUCAUAUUGCAGUGCAAAUAACCUAGUAUGCGGUCUUUUGAGGUCAUGCUCGUUGUAAAGAAAAGAAUARUUGAGAAUUUCUUUGCUCAUAUGAAAAUCCAGCCGUUUUCACGAUAUGUACUUUAAAACCAGGUUUCGUUUAUUCCGUCAUAUUUCUUAAAAAUUGAUAYCUGAUUGUAAUUUCAAGUUUGGACGCUUUUGUAUUGCAAUUUGUCAACCAUCAUGUACGGCURUCAACAAGCCAAUUGAACCUUUUUAGGACAUCUAUAUGAUUACGUCAUUUUACAACUCCCAGAAUGCUUUACGCAUUGUUAUCAUGGUUUUUUGAACAUUUUGUAGAAGGCAUUCAAGGYAUUCUGGUAUUUGUAGUAUUUGAUGCCGUCGAACAGAAAAUGUUCGUCCAUGGGUUUUGAAUAAAGYGUUGCUUUCAUGUUUUCAAAUUCUAAUAUUUAAUAGUGAUUUAUUCGUGGCUAAAGUUUGUCGAUCCAUCAUAUUCAAAUUCUUAAAUAAUAGCUGUAGAACUUAUAGAUGUCCAUAAAAACAAUUCRUUCUUGUAAAAAGAAAUAUUUAUUGUUACUUUGUACUGUGGGGAUUAAGUCUUGUUAUGGUUUYUAAGACUGGUUAUAUUAAAACCCUUUUGAUAACU